CAAACGUCAGUUGAUUAUAAUUCCGAAAAUCCUCACUUUUGUGAGAAUUUGGUUAUUUUCUUUAAAAUGGCCAAUAACUAUGGCAUAUCCGAAGCCGAGCUGCAGCUGGCUAAAACCCAGGCAGCUCGGCGACUAGAGAUGAGGAGAGAAUUCUUGAAACAGCGCACCAACCCGUGGAAAAACGCCGCGGAGUCUGGAUACGUCUUUGAUACAGCCAUACAAAGAUUCAACUCCAUGAAAGUCACUCAAUUUGAAUUUUUCGAAUCCAAUAGAAGGACGGCACUGUUUGGAAUUGCAACUAUUAUUAUCCCAAUGUUUGCCUACGGUUAUUGGGUAUGGACGGAACGCUCAGGCAGGGAAGCAAAAAUCCGUAGCGGCGAACUCAAGUACAGAGAUCGAUUAUUCAAAUUACAAUAGAUUAAUCGUGUAUUUACACACACAAUCUAAUGUCCUGUAGGGUUAUACUAUUGUUAAUACACA